AUGCAACUUACGAAUCUCGCUUUAGCUCUUACUGGUGCCUCUGUCGCUGCCGCUGCCGAAGACAAGAACACUUUCAUCUUCUCCAAACCUCAUAACACUUACACAAAGACACUCUAUGGGGAGAAGGCCAAGCACCUCACGACUACCCAUAUGACUAUUGAGAAGCCCCACCACACUCACACAAAGACUUUCUUUACGUGGAUGGGCAAUGGUGCUGCUCCUACUGAUGUGGACUACGAUGGUGACUCAGACUCAGACAGCGACUCGGACUCUGACGAUGAGUCUACCUCGUCCAAGACUACCAAGUCUGCUGAGACAGGUAAGGGUUUGAAGUCCAAGACGUACAUCUUCUCGUACCCACACAACACAUACACAAAGACCCUUUAUGGCGAGAAGGCUGAUCAUCUUACCACCACCCAUAUGACCAUCAAGAAGCCACACCACACUCAUACCAAGACUUUCUUCACUUGGAUGGGUCAGGGCGCCCAACCCACUGAUGUCGAUGAGUUGAACGAAGACUUUGAUGCUUCUGACAGUGCUCUUGCUGCUGCUGUCACAGACGUACCUUCUGGUUCUGCUCUGGGCUCUGCUGCCUCGUCUUCCGGUUCCACAAAGUCGUCUGGCACCUCGAGCGGCUCUUCCGGCUCUUCUGGCUCUUCGGGUACUUCUACUCGUUCCAGUCGUUCUGCCAGCGGCUCCAGCGGCUCUAGUGCUUCUAGUGGCUCUAGUGGUGCGUCUAGUGCUCCUGCUCUGGCCAGAGCCACUGGUGCUUCUUCUUCAGCUGGCUCUUCCUCGUCUGGUCCUUCAUCUUUCGACAACGCUGCCGGCUCCUUGGCUUACGGCGCUGGAAGCUUGGCCGCUGGUGUUGCCAUUAUGCUCUUGUAA